CGGUCCCAUAACAAAAUAGAUUGGAUUAUGUUUAUCUGAUUUUUCAGACCGAACACGAAAACAAAACACGAGUUUAAAGAGAUUCAUUUGAGCUGAAGGAUUCAAGAAUUCGAAAGACUUCGAUUCCAGAAUCAUUUCUAGAUCAAUAAGAUUGUAUCAUUGGUGGCUAAAGUUAAAGCAUGUCCGAUCAUCUGAGUUUAUGUACGGAUCGUCUCAUAACUGCUGCUGAGAGCCUGAAGUCAGAAAAAGAUGCUGAUUCUUCUGGAGAGACUUGCACGAACUUGGCUUCUUCUUCUUCAUCUACGAAUGAAGCUGAGGUAGUAGCGAGGGAGUACUAUGCCGUUGAGGAAGAGGAACCACUUCUCCAGUCCGUUGAGUGCCGUAUUUGCCAGGAGGAAGAUACCACUAAGAACCUGGAGGCUCCUUGUAGUUGUAGUGGAAGUUUGAAGUAUGCCCAUCGCAAGUGUGUUCAGCGUUGGUGUAAUGAGAAAGGCGACAUAACUUGCGAAAUAUGCCACCAGGCUUAUCAACCUGGAUAUACAGCACCUCUGCCUCCUGAUGAAACAGUAAUUCACAUUGGUGACAACUGGGAGAAUGGAGUUCCCUUGGACUUGAGUGACCCACGCAUUCUGGCAAUGGCUGCAGCAGAACGCCAUUUCUUGGAAGCUGACUAUGACGACUACUCUGAGUCUAACUCUAGCGGAGCUGCCUUUUGCCGCUCUGCUGCUCUCAUCCUAAUGACACUUUUACUGCUACGUGAUGCCCUAAACCUCACAGCUAACCCAGAUGACGAGGACGACCCAACAGCCUUCUUCUCGCUUUUUCUUCUUCGUGCUGCCGGAUUUCUCCUGCCAUGUUACAUCAUGGCAUGGGCCAUCGGUAUACUCCGACGCCGGAGGCAAAGACAGGAAGCAGCUGUAGCUGCGGCGGAAGUUUCUUUCAUGAUACACGGUGGUGUGCCUCCCCAACGCAGGGGAUUGCACUUUGCUGUACUGCCAGCGCAGCCGCCCAUACCCAACCAAACACCUGUCUGAUCUUUCGAGGAAAUUGAUUCUCCCGUAAGACUAUUUAGUAUUACUAAAGAAACUGUGAACUUUGGUUGUUAAAAGAACGUCCCACCUACUUAUGCUUCUUCACGUGUUUUAUCAUCAUCUUCCUCAUUAUGUUUGUGUUCUCUGAAUCUUGUUCAAUGUGGUUACUUCUCUACUCCUAACUGUUGUCACAGACAGAGCUCUCAUGUACAGUCUUAUGAUUAAAUUGAGCACCAUGCAAGAUUCAGAUGUUGAGUGAUAUGUGUUUAAUCUAAUUGUUUUAUAGUUUAAAUCA